GAAACUCUCAGUUUCUUUCUUUGACUGAAUCUGAGACCCACAUUUCCCCCUUUUUGUUUAAAGAAGGAGGCGGGGUUUGUCAGAACACCUUGCAAAGAAGAGGACAAACACAACUCCGAGGUUCACUAGUUGAUAAUUCAAAACCCCCAUUGGAUGAUGGCUCAGAACAGUCAAAGAGAUUUUGACUUACACCAUAACUCUUUACAAAUUUAACUGUUAAAUCUAAAACUCCAUCACCAACACUAAAACAUUGUUAGUCUGCUUGUAAUGCUCGCAGUCUAACUCGUCACCAGUCCAUGUCCAAAAGCAAAGUGAAUCAAAUGUUCAUUUUCUCCUUGUGGAGGGGCCGGCUGACUGAUGGUCGGUGUCUUGAACAUCAUCUGAAGAUUGUGAUGGAUGGUCAGCACCAUGGUCACCGUUCACAGGCUCUCUGUUGCCCACAUUCUGUUUCUGCUGUCUCAAGUCAGGGCGAACACACUUCACAGGUAUCCAUCGUACCCCGAUACCUGUGGAGACACAUGCAUACCUGCGGCCCAAGUAAUGAGGUUUCAUGGGCCCUCCCACCUAUUGGUGACAAGGUCCCACACCCAGACCUUCGCUUGGGGCAGGUGCUUCUCACCUGCUGAAUGCAGUGAGAGAAAAUGAUUCAAAAUAACAGGAACCUCUGAAUUCUUUGGCACAGUUAAAUGGUUGAUUGUGUACAAAGCUUUCUCCAACUGACUGUGUGGAGUCUCUCCUGGCAUUCCCCCUUUUUGUUUCUCCAGAACACACUUUAAAGUGCCAUGCGUGCGUCCAACAAUGGCCUGAGGUGUUGGUGAAUGUGCAGUGCCAAACUUGUGUGAGACUCCCCACAGGCGCAAAAGCUGACGUACCUUGUGUGAGGCAUAGGCAGGGCCGUUGUCAGUCUUUAUGCAUGAAAGUAUCCCCAAAACUGCAAAAGCCAUUCUCCAAUGAGCAAUCACGUCGCGACUCUUCUCCCCCAUGUGAACAGUUGCCCACAUGGCUGACGAGAAGGUGUCGACAGACACAUGCGCAUACUUGAGUCGACCGAACUCGGCAAUGUGUGUAACAUCUGUUUGCCAGAGCUGCAAGGCUUUCAGGCCUCUGGGGUUCACCCCUGCCAGUAAAGGUGCAGCAAACCCAUGACAGUCAGCACAAGAGCUGACAAUGUCACGAGCCUCGGUUGCUGUCAAAUCAAACUUAUUUUGCAAAGUAUGUGUACUUUGGUGAAAAAAUCAUGUGACGCCUUGGCUUGUGCAGUUCUAUCAGGCUGCGGUGCCAUCCACGCAGGGUUAGCCAACGUAUCAUCCCUGGCAUUACCUUCAGUUAUAAAACCUGGUAAAGUGGUGUGACUCCAAAUGUGCAGGAUGUAGUAUGGAUGAACCCGGUCCUGAGUUGCACACCACAAUGCUCUCAGCAAUUGAAACAAGACGGCAUUGUUGACCUCCUUCAGCAGUGAGCAAUCCAGCCACUUGGUUAUGUCUGCAACAUAUGCAGAGUCAGUGACCAAAUUCAAAGGCACCUGAGAGAACCUCUGAAAUGCCAUAGCAACGGCUUUCAGCUCAAGCAACUGGGCUGAGCUGGACAUGUGGCCUUCUAGCACUUGCCAUCCAGACUCCUUCCAGGUCACAAUGGCCUUUCCCGUUUUCCCUGAACCGUCAGUGAAGAGAGUGGGUUCCCGCACUGGCACUUGACUAUUUUUUGGUCGCAAGGAUAGAUUGAUUGUCUUUGCCAGUUGCAACAUUUGUGACUGGGCAGAUGGUAAACAAUUUGCCCUAAAAAAUUUUGCAGUGCACAUUGCAAAGGAACAUUGUUGAUGAGACCCCAUUCAAAGGUGUCCCGUUCCAUUGGAAGGACGAUCCUUGCAGGAUCAGCUGCCAUCAAUUGCAAACACCGAUAAUGGCAUUUGAUUAUCAGCUGGGCAACCAAAUCAAUCAGCAAAGACACUGUCUUUUUGAGUUGAUGGGGUAAAAUACCCACUCUAAGAUGUGCAAAGGAUCAGGCCAUUUUUCAUCUCACUAGCCAAUGAUACCCGUGGGAUGGCUGUCUGGAUAGGUAAUAAAAACAGUGAUAUCAACGGAAGGGUCUACUCGGUAAACCUGGCGAGUAGACAGAGCCUUUUGAACCUCCUCCAGCACUUGCUGCGCUUCAGGAGUCAACUUCCGAGGGGAACUCAGGUCUCGGUCUCCCCUUUAAAAGUUUGAACAGCGGGGACAGCUGUGCUGUGGUCAGCCCCAGAUAGGGACGUAACCAAUUGAGGACCCCAAGCAAUCUCUGGGAAUCAUUCAGGGUUGCAAUAGUUUCUGGAAAUUGCACCUUCUGAUGCUGAAUGGUUUGCUCCAGAAUCUUGACCCCCAAAUACUUCCAAGGAGGUCAGCUCUGAACCUUUUCUGGAGCCACUUGCAGUCCAUAAGAAUGCAAGGCGGAGAACAACUGAGGCCAAACCCUCUGCAGUUCCUCCUGAGUGGGAGCCACCACCAGAAUGUCAUCCAUGCAAUGAUAACAAUACAUGUCAGGGAACUGCUCGCGGAUUCCGGACAAGGCCUGGGUCACAUACCAUUGACAAAUGGUCGGACUGUUCUUGCAGCCCUGUGGCAAAACUUUCCAUUGAUAUCUUCGUACAGACUGAUCAUUGUUGACAAAAGGCACAGUAAAAGCAAAUUUUGGUCUGUCAUCAGGAUGCAGAGGGAUCGUAAAAAAACAAUCCUUCAAAUCAAUGAUCAAGAUUUCCCAACCUGCAGCGAGCAUGGUAGGCAAGGGCAUACCAGGCUGCAAUGCCCCCAUGCUUUCCAUGACUGCAUUGACUUUUCGGAGGUCCUGUAACAACCUCCAUUUCCCCAACUUUUUCUUGAUCACAAAAACAGGAGUGUUCCAGGGACUGGUAGAAGACUCAAUGUGUCCCUGGCGAAGCUGAUCCUGAACUAACUCCUGAAGGGUGACUAAUUUUUCAAAUGGCAGGGGCCACUGGUUCUCCCAGACGGGUCAGGUCACCAGCCACCGUAAAGGCAGUGUAGGGUAAUCUGCACCCUUCAACACAGUGACCCCUGUCAAAAAUCCAUCCCAAUGCGCACACCCCAGGCUGCCAGCACAUCCUGCCCCCAAAGAGUGACCGGAGCUGCAGUAACAUAGGGCUGAACCUUAGCUGUCUGCCCUUCUGCAUUUUUGAUCAACACAGCCUGCCGGCUCACAAAUGUCUGUGCUGCACUCCCCAAGCCUUCAAUGGCCACUCCCACAGAGUCUAAAGGCCACUUAGGAGGCCACACAGAGGCAGAGAUGACUGUCACAUCGGCCCCGGUGUUGAUCAAACCUUGCAGCUGGAUCCAAGGCAGGCUGGCACCUGGUAAAAUCACAGAGCACAUCAUCUGCGGACGGUUGGCAGAAAUGAGCGCAGACUAGAGGACUUGCUGCAGUCCCGUGGAUCUGGAGCCACCAUCUCCAUGCAUCAGUUGAUCUGCCCUGGGAACACACGACUGGAAAGGCACAAGUUGAGCAAUGAUUUUUCAUUCCCAGGGAGGAAUGAAAAUGGAGGAAAUGGAGGAGGAGGAAAAGCCCUGGAGAUCCCGCACAAGGAGUGGCAUCAAACCCAGCCCAGGGAGCUGCAGGGAGGAAAGAGCCCCCCUGAGCCAGGAAGGCGGGCGGAGAUCUAGGCGGAGCUUGGAGCUGGUGGAGAAGCCUCAUGGCAGGGAGAAGCCCCACAAGUGCUUGGAAUGUGGGAAGGGUUUCAGGCGGAGCUUGGAUCUGAUCCAUCACCAGGUGAUUCACACUGGGGAGAAGCCCUAUGAGUGUGGGGAAUGUGGCAAGCGUUUCAGCUGGAGCUCCAGCUUGAGACUUCACCAGAGGUUCCACACCGGGGAGAGGCCCUUUGAGUGUGGGGAGUGUGGGAGGAGCUUCAGCCAGAGGAGCUGCCUGAUGCAGCACUCGGUAAUCCACACUGGGGAAAAGCCCUUUGAGUGUGGGAAAUGUGGGAUGAGCUUCAGCCAGAAGGGCUACCUGAUGCAACAUCAGAGGAUCCACACUGGGGAAAAGCCCUAUGAGUGUGGGGAAUGUGGGAAGAGCUUCAGGCAGAGCUCUGGCCUGAGGAGACAUGAGAGGAUCCACACUGGAGAAAAGCCCUAUGAGUGUGGGGUGUGUGGGAUGAGCUUCAGCCUGAACUCCCAGCUUAUGGAACACAAAGAGAUCCAUACUGGGGAAAAGCCCUACAAGUGUGGGGAAUGUGGGAAAAGUUUCAGAGAAAGCUCAGCCCUGAUUCGGCACAGGGUGAUCCACACUGGGGAACGGCCCUACACCUGCUUGGAAUGUGGGAAGAGCUAUGGGUGGCGCUCAGACCUGAGAAAACACCAGUGCAUCCACAGCGGGGAGAAGCUCUACGAGUGUCCCCAGUGUGGGAAGAGGUUUCGGAUCAGCUCCAGUCUCCUCGUACAUCAGCGAUUUCACACAGAGGCGAGGCCCUACCGCUGCCCCGACUGUGGGAAAGGUUUCAAGAUAAACUCCCACCUCACCGAGCAUCGGUGCAUCCACACCAGGGAGAGGCCCUACGAGUGUGGGAAGUGUGGGAAGAGCUUCUCACAGAGCUCAGCCUUGUUCAAACACCAAAGGAGGCGCCACUAAGGGGGGAAGCCCUGUGAGUUCCCCAAGGGUGGGAAGAGCUUCUUACACUCCUCCCAGCUCCAUCCUCCAUGGGAGGAUCCAUGUUGGAUGAUCUUCAGUGACCCUCACUGGGCAGAUCCCUGGUGAUCUAUGGGCCUGGUCAUCUGUGUUGGGAAGACACUUGGCUGGGAGGCUCCACAUCUUCCUCGUUCCCUGUGGGCACCUAGAUAAACCCAGUGGCAGGAACAUCCAUUGGGGCACAGACCAACAAUGGGAAUUCCUUGGGGAGAGCAGAUUUAUUGACUUUCAACUCCAUAAAAUCUUCUGCAUUCAAUCCUAUCUUCUGGCGGCAUCAAAGAAUACUGAAUGGUCUUGGAGGUAUGUCCUAGGUUGACUAUAUGAUGCUUGUAUCUCCAAUUGUCUGUUCUGUUUAUGGUGAAUUAUAAUUUUUGCACCUUUAAGACUUGUUCCAAGAGCAAAGGAGGGAGAGAAGGGCAGAGUAUGUUUUCAGAAACUGGACUCACUCCUCCACAUUCCUGCUCCUGGGCCAGGUUGUCUGCAGAUGGGCAGACAGAGGUACAGAGCUCUCCUUUGCUGUUAAUUAGUUUUAGCUAGCUGUGGCAGAGAAGUUCCCUGGACUGUGGCUGUUUUUCCCUUUUCUUUGGACCUGUUUAAACCUGCUCUGGCCUGAACACCCAAAAGAGCACCGGCAGCUCACACCUGUGGCCCAGCGGGCCAGGCCUGGACUGUGGCAUUUCCAGCACCGGAGGGACUGAUAAGAGACUGAGUGAGCUGAGCUACAACCCACGGAGGGACUUUCUGAGUUUGUCUCUAUUUUAGAGCAGCAAGAGGUUUUAUUGUUUAAUAUUGUUUAGGUUUUAUUCUUUAAAAAACAGUUUUUUCCACUGUUCUCCAAGGAGGUAUUUUUCCCAAACUGGCUGGGGGAGGAGCCAAUUGAAUCUGCUUUCCAGAGGAAUCCCUUUGGAGGUUCUCUCUCAAAUUUGCUCUGAACCAGGACAAGGUCUUUUCCAACUUCAGGGAUUCCACGAUUUUGAUUUCCUAUUGCCCAAGGGUGUCUUCUGCAGCCAGAUGGUGGAAAAACUGGGGAAAAGACCAAGAUUUUGGAGACAGUGGGGUAGAAACUCCACCAAAAAGGUUCUUCCCUCCACCCAAGCACGUGGAUCCUCAGCCGGCAUGGACAUGGAAGUCUUUUUCUUUUGGCCUUGAUUUUGUUUUCAUUUCUCUUUAUCCCUUUAAAAUAUUCAAUAUUGAAGUAAAAAUAGACAUUGAACUAAGUUAGUGGAUGUGGUCAUGGUAGGACACAGACAUGGUGGGACACAUGUAAGAAUGUGCCCUCUGUUGACAGAGUAAACAAGUUAACCUUUUGUUCCCUUAAAAAGGACAAAAGGCCAGGUGUUUCUCUCCUCAAUUUGGUUGAAAGACACCUCAUAGGACCUCUGGAAUUUCACCUCAAACUUAAGGGUAGCUAAUUGGACAGGAGCCAAAAAGUCCCACCUAAGCAAUUCCCUGGAAAAGAAGAGAACAAAAGAAGUUAAUUGCUUUUGCGAAGUGUUUUAGCAAGAGCAAGAACCUCUUGCCCUGACUUGGCUUUUCUCUGUAAAAAGCUUUUUUAUUUUUGCCUUUUAUUAAAACUUUUUAUUCCCAACACUG